AUGAGCCUCUCCCGCCGAUGUUCCGGUUUUCGUCUCGGGACUGAGGAUUGUUUCCCCGCCUUCACCCUCCGCGGCAACAAUCCACUCCGAACUGCUCAACUUCCUUGCUUGGUGGUGGAAGAUCCUGGCGACGGUGCUCUUCGCCCACCGGAUCCCCCAGACCCUCCGGACUCACGCUUCCCAUCCCCUCCACUGUUCGCCAUCUUAGUCGGCCGGAGCUCUUCGGAUGCAGCUCCGUUCUUGGCUCGUUGUUCCCCGCCGACGAGAUCUCCUCUUGCGGUAAAUCUCUCCAGCACUUACACCGUGGGCAUCGUUAGAUCUAUACCGCCUCCUUCUCAGUCGCCGGCUUCCAAUUUCGCUCCGGGGACUGCGAAAAUCUCCAUCUUGCCGAGAAUCCAGAGUGAGAUCUACAGACAAUCUCGAAGAUAUGCAUCGGCUGCUCCGGUUGUGAGAGACUGUGCAAACAGUCAACCGGCUUGUUCCGAUGGAGGCUUACCGCGACAUGAGAGCUUCACCUUCGCGACUUCUGAGGUCGGAGAACAUCUCACCGCCGCCAUACCAUCGUUCUCCCCUUUCAUGAGAAGGAAAUAG